AUGAGGAAAUCGAUUUGCUUUGUUAAACCUGAAAUAAGUGCUACGCAAGGGGAAGUCAUUUGCACCUAUACUGAUGUUAUACGUAAUUCAGAUUACAAGAGCAAAUAUGGAAAGUCGACCAAAACAAAGGAACCAUACAUUUUGCGUGCUAGUGACUUCGUAAAGGUUGUAUGUCACAGCUCAUCGUCCGGAAAUAGCUGGUACGGCAUGGCCUACGGUAUACGUGAUGGAGUCGCUGUAAAGCCACAAACACCGCCGAAAGUGCCAAUAUAUGCCGGAGUUGCGGUUGCGGAUAUAGCUGCUGAGGACAGCAGUAAUCCAACAGGUUCGAAACACUUCAAUGUGCUUAUGUUUGGUUUUGACUCGCUCAGCCGAAAUGCAUUCCAACGCAAACUACCUAAAACGUACUCGUACCUUGUGCAGCAGUUGAAGUCCAUAGUCUUGCAAGGUUACAAUAUUGUAGGUGAUGGCACACCACAGGCAUUAGUGCCGUUGUUGACAGGAUAUACUGAACUUGAGUUACCAGAGACGCGUACGCGCAUUUCGAAUGCAAUGAACGUGGAUGUUUAUCCGAUGAUUUGGAAAGAAUAUGCACAACAUGGCUACUAUACUUCGUUCAAUGAGGAUGUGCCCAAUAUUGGCACUUUCACAUAUCGCAUGAAAGGUUUUGCUGAUCAACCAGUCGAUCAUUAUUUGCGUAUGCUCUACCUGGAAGCCCCGAAUAUGUGGAAUUGCUGCACAAAACACUGCAUCGGCCACCAACCAGAUCAUGUCGUUAUGUUGGAUUACACCAAGAAUUUCAUGCUAAAAUACAAGGAUUCACCUCGUUUUAUAUUUAGCUUUCAUGGCGGACUUUCGCACGAUUCAAUUAAUUUGAUAGGUACGGCCGACGAUGAAGUGGUAGCUUGGUUACGCUCUUUGAAAGAAGCGCACAUCCUGGACAACACCAUACUUAUUAUGAUGUCAGAUCACGGCAAUAGGUUUGCUGAAGUACGCGCUACACUACAGGGAAAACAAGAAGAACGUCUGCCUUUUUUCAGCUUUGCGUUUCCAAAAGCAUUUCAAAAACAGUUUCCAAAACAAUAUGCAAAUUUUAUAGCGAACACUGAACUUUUGACUACGCCGUUUGACGUACAUGCUACACUUCAACAUAUUCUUGAGCUGCAAACAGGUCUAGAAGACAGUCAAGCGGAGAAUGCAGUUUUAGAUUACUACACACAACCAGUAUCUUCAACCGAGAACCUUGUCCAUCCAAAGUUUAAACAACUUGCACAAAAACGGGCAAUUUCACUAUUAGAAUUAAUACCAAAGAACCGAUCUUGCAGCGAUGCUUACAUCGAGCCACACUGGUGUGCCUGCCUGAACUGGCAGCGAUUGUCGCUCAAUGAAAGCGAAGCACAUACUCCAAUUCUGCUCAAAGCAGCCGCUAGCAUUGUAAUGACCAUUAACGAUUUGACCGAGUCCUACCGUAACCUCUGUGCGCCUCUCGAACUUGAACGUAUCAACUGGGCAUUGCGGCUGCACCCGCAUACUGAGCUUCUAACCUACAAGCAAAACAGCGAUAAGGAUGGCUAUGUUGCCGAUAUGAGUGACAAAAUGCGAAUGCAUGAAGAAUUGUAUCAGCUGCAGAUCGUUGUGGCGCCUGGACAAUCGCUUUUCGAAGCGAGCGUUGCAUAUGACCUGAACACUUUCGAAAUGCAUACAAAGGCCACAGAAAUUUCGCGUAUAAAUAAGUAUGGCGAUCAAGCUAAUUGCAUAUACGAGCGCAAUCCGGAAUUGCGAAAGUAUUGCUUCUGUCGUGCGUAGAUCUUUAAUAUACAUAAAUAUACUAAUACAUAAAUAUAUAUAUACGGU